ACAAUACUGCGCACACGUGACCUGCCUGUUUUCCCCCAGUUAAACGCAUGUACUUAAAAGACGGCCACCACCAUUCAGCAGCACAAGCACGAUUAGCUCGUUAUUAAUGUGGACGAGCUGAGAUCGCUGCUGCGGGGACUCGGAUCACGGGAGGUGGACCAUGGCGGCUGCCACGAGCAGCAACACAUCCACGGCCACGCUUCAGAUAAAGCACUCCAGCAUUGAGCAUACGCGGAAACGCAUAGACCCGAGGAGGAGGCAAGCGGCGCUGUCUUUUCUCAGCAACAUUUCUCUGGAUGGGCGACCCGUGCAAGACGAUGCAGACAAUCAGAACGAGGAGGAUAACUCGCUGGAGGCUCGGACUAGACACAGCCUGGUUUACCCGGAGCGCUCUGCGUACGGAGCCGCCGGAGCAGCUGCUGCUGCGGCCGCGGCGGCGGCGACGGCGACCACCACGGCCGCCCAGGCGCUCGCCUUCGCAAACCAGGCUCUCCUCGCCAGCAGCCGGGCCAGCCUCGGGACGGGUCCCACAGCUGGCUCAGACACAGAGGGCGACGCUUUCAUGCCCUCCACGUUCAGCUCGCCUUUCUCCGCGGUGCCAGCCUCGACCAGAGGGAGGCUGCAGACGUACACUCAGGGAAUCCUACCUGCCCCCUACUCCAGGCAGUCCUCCCAGAACUACUGUCUGGAGGGCGGACAGAUAGAGCUGCAGAGGUCAAGACGAAGACUCAUCUCGCAGCGCUCUUCGCUCGAAACUCUGGAGGACAUAGAAGAAAACGCUCCUCUGCGCAGGUGCCGAACCCUAUCGGGUUCACCCCGACCAAAGAGCUUCAAGAAGGUCCACUUCAUAAAGAACAUGAGGCAACAUGAUAUGCGCAAUGGAAGGAUAGUCCUUAUCAGUGGCAGAAGAUCCUUCUAUAGUGUAUUUUCUGUCCUGCCCUAUCGAGAUUGUAGCCAAGCAGGGGAAGUGAAGCUGGAAGGAGGCCGCCAGCGGCAUCCGUCAGGAGGCGUGAGUGCCAAAGAGAUGGUGAUUGGGCUGGAGGGAGUGGAGCUGGGAGCUGAUGGAAAGACUGUGUCCUACACCCAGUUCCUGUAUCCCACUAAUGUGCUGGGUGGUCGGAGGAACACCAUCGACUCCACGUCAUCCUUCUCUCAGUCUCGUAAUGCGAGUCACCGCAGCCUCAGCCUGGGCCGGGCCAACAGCAACCAGAGCAGCUUAGACACAGGGAAUGAUUUGGGGGACUUUCGCGAGUAUGACCCCAAUCUGCUGGAUGACCCACAGUGGCCUUGUGGAAAACACAAGAGAGUCCUCAUCUUCCCCUCCUACAUGACUACAGUCAUCGAAUACGUCAAACCCUCUGACCUCAAGAAGGACAUGAACGAGACCUUCAAGGAGAAAUUCCCACACAUAAGGCUAACACUCAGCAAGAUAAGGAGUUUGAAAAGGGAGAUAAGAAAGCUGGCGCAAGAUGAAUGUGGGUAUGAGGAACCGACAGUCGCCAUGGCUUUUGUCUACUUUGAAAAACUUGUUCUUCAAGGCAAACUAAACAAACAGAAUCGUAAACUCUGCGCUGGAGCUUGUGUCCUUCUGGCGGCAAAGAUUGGCGGUGAUCUCAAGAAACAUGAAGUUAAGCUUCUCAUAGAUAAACUGGAGGAGAGGUUCAGAGUGAACCGCAGAGAGCUGAUUGCCUUUGAGUUUCCCGUCCUGGUGGCGCUGGAGUUCAACCUGCACCUGCCCGAACACGAGAUCAUGCCCCACUACAGACGCCUGCUGCAGACCUCCUAGCAUUAGUGACCCAUCAGGAGGAUGACCACCGGGCUCCUCCUGAUCCUCUGCUGUCCAUCCUCCAGCUUCUCCUUCUCUGCAUUGGACCACUUCAAGGUACGGCCGGCUGCCACUGAGCUGCAGCCGUUCAUCACUACUGACAACACUCUCCCCCCCUCUCAUAGAAGUGAGAUCAGCCAAAGGGACACACAUUUUUAAACAAACUUUUCUCCAUUGUUUGACUUCUACAUCCAUCAUCACGACAUGGACUUCUGAAAGAAAGGGUUCAACUGUCCGCAAACAAGUCGUUUUUCUAGUUUGCAUGUUUCACAUCUCCUUAUCCUCAUCACUUUGUAUAUUUUACUCCUCUCUUGUUGAUUAAGAGAGCUCUUUCCUUUCAAAUCUGAUGGUGAACUUUUUUCUCGGUUAAAACAACCAGUGAUUGUAACAUUUUUAUCAUGUCUUUUCAUUAAUCUCCUUCUUGUAAACUUUGGUAUGAUUGGUUGCCUCAUGACCUGCAUACAAUUUAAACAAAGGCCUUUUAAGUGGCUGGUUUUGGCUGGACUGUUAUUCCUCAGCGUGACUCAUUUUCUCGCAAGUCAUCGUCUCAAAAGUGCACUUUUGAAUAUUGCAAGACAUGUUGGCAGGGGGACACUUUUUCAAACUAAUGAGCUUGGGAACUAACCGUGAAAAAUAAGCUGUGUUCAUAAAGCACCAUAAGUCAUUUUGAAUGCACCUUUGAUUUGUUUUUCCUCUCUCAUGGUUUCUUGACACUUUUUCUAGCCACAACUAUGUGCAUGAAAAGUGACGAUUGUUUGUACACAGGUACUUGCAGAAAAGAAGUGAUUUCCUAUUUUCACUGCAGUAUUCCAUUCAUUUUCUACCAGUCAAAUGCUUGCUAUGGACGUCUGGACACCAGACCUACUUUUAUCAGUGUCGAAUUUCCUGUGCUCUAUGUUAGAGUGUAUUGCUAGCACAUUUACAGUGCUUUACUAGGGUCAAGAUGGUUGAUCUGAAGAGUUGUUCACGAUCGCAAACAUGCCAUGAAGCAGUUAUCAGUAUCAGCAUCAGGAGUGGCAGCAGGGUGCUCAAGGGUUGAGAGAAAAUGCCUUCCGCCUGAAAGAUAUGGGUUACGACCCUGUGCCAGUAAUUAUCUUCCCUGCUGAAGUGUCCUUGAGCAAGACACUGAGACUGUACACACUUCUCUUAGCAAACCCUGACCUCUAUGAGGAGAGGAAGAAUCAAAACAAGAUCCCAGUGGGGAUCAAAUCACAGAUCAAAUGUUUGCAUAUAACUUGAAUUACCAUUUGUUGAUUUUUAAAUCUACAUUGUUUAAUAAAAAUGGAGAAAAUUAACAACUGCAGAUGUGACCACUUAGAAAAUAUAUAGUCCGUUUAUUCGGCUCAAAUCUCAACCUUGAUUUGUUUUAUUUCCUUGAAAUUGUCUCACACACUACCACAGAGUAUUGAGGCCACCAAGUCAGAGACCUACAGUAGGCCUACUUGAAAUUAGUAUGUGAUGCUGCUCCCACAUAUUGAUGGAUUUGAGUUGAUGCGAUCACAAGACUAAACCAAAUUGUCAUAAGGAAAGCAUGGAUUGUGUUGAUUAAGGUGAAACAAUACUGAGCUUAUUUCUGUUUGCAAGCCCAAAGAUUUUGCCGUAGAUGCACACUACUCUGUGAGGAAAGACUCAUGGCGACACUUAAUACCUGUGUAUGUUUGUAAAUAAAUUGCUUUGCUUGUUCAAUCAAAACAA